GAAUUAGUCCAUUAUUGAUUAUUAUUGUUGUGAUUUUCUUUGGGUAAUGGGGGAAGGAAGAACUCAGCCAAUCUUAUUUCGAUGAGUAAACGUACAGAAUUGUUUUUUUUUCCUCAAAGAUGUGAUUACUGUAUGAAGAACUUGUUUUUCGUUUGUAUUAGCACUUUGUAGGUUAGGGUCUGCUGCAAGAGGAAUUACGGGCUAUUUCGGAUCGUUUUACGAACGCCUGUAUUCCAAUGACAGCAGACGAUGUUUUCUAACCUCAAAUCUCUAAGAUUGGUGUGUUUUGUCGCAUGUGCAGGAAAUUAGCAAAAGAUUGACAAAACUCCAGUUUAAUCAAGAAUGGCUAUGCAAAUGCCGGCUGACGUAGAUGCUGAACAAGUGAAAUCGUUUCGUGACUUCUUGACGUCGUACAAUAAGUUGUCGGAGAUAUGUUUUGUUGACUGCAUCAUGGAUUUUACGACACGUGACAUCAGGGCGAAAGAAGAAAAGUGUGCUUUAAAUUGUAUGGAAAAGUAUCUGAAAAUGAACCAAAGAGUGUCGCAACGGUUUCAAGAGUUUCAAAUGAUUGCCAACGAGAAUGCUAUGGCAGCUGCAAAGAAAUUAGGUCAAACGAAUUAAUAAAUACUGUUCCUCUGCUGUAAUCACAUUGCUGUUUCAUCCUUGCAUUACUUUAGUCAUGUAACUGUUAUUACAUUAAGUAAUAAAAAUUGUUUUAUUUUA